AUGGAAUCAUCUUCCAAUCACAUGACAUGUCUCUUGAAGAUAGAGUCUCCUAUGCCGGGAUGGAAGAAAUCCAUGGAAAAAUUACUCAAAACUAUUAAUGAUGUGAGUUUCAUGAUUGACAAGCGAAGCAAAACGGUAUAUGUAUCUGGGAAAGUUGAUCCACAGAUAAUACUUGAAAAGAUUACAAAAGCAGGCAAAAAUGCUGUUAUAAUAUGGAGCAGCAGUGGAACGAAUAAGCAGCCGGAAAAUCGAACGUCCGGUUACAUGAAUGCUCCUAACGGUUUCUCAAAUUAUCCUCCGCCUAAUUAUUGGAUGAAUCAACCGCAACCCUACAUGCAUGCUCUUCCACCAGCACCGGCACCAUACAAGUUCCACCAGAAUGAGCCGGUGGCUAAGAGUUUUCCGCCUACACCACCACCGCCGAAGAACUUUGUUAUGGGAGAUUUGCAACCAGGAUGCAAGAUCAUGUAA